AUGUCGAGUACAGACGGAACGAAGCAGGCUAAGAAGUCUGUGUAUCAGAUUGCUCGAAGCUGGGGAGAAAACCCACUCCCACCCACACUAUUAGCAACCCUCAUCACCGCGCAACACAUGCGCCCAUUUCAACUGCUACCCAUGACCUUCGUCCCCGUCCUCCUCUUCACCUCCUACACGAACGUCAGCGGAUUCAAAAAAGACAGUGCCGGUAUCAGCGCUGCAUGGUCCGGUUUAUAUCUUCUUUUAGCCAGUCGACGCAAGCAGAAAUUCAUGAAGAAAUGGGGUCCUCGAGGCAUUGUCCGUGGUACUUCUAUGGGGUUGGCGCUGGCUAACUUGGUUGCUGGGGGAUUGACGUAUACUUUGGGUAGUCAAGAGUAUGAGAAUUAA